GCAACUUCUGCGACUGAUAUGGACGUUGACAAGGCCCUAGGUGAUGAGGAAACCGAUGACGCGGCCACCUCCAAAGCUACUCCACGGGACGUUAUUGAGCUUCCAUAUGAUGAAGAAGAAGUGCCUUUGAGAGAGAGAAGGAGGAGGGGCAGGGCGUCGAGCGGGAAAGCAGCCGAGGGUCAGGUGCUUCAGUCGUCAUUGGUGCUUGAGACAGUGGUCCAGCGAUCCGGAGAUCCGGCUCGGACCAAUGUUACUUUUGCUAAUCCAUUGUCGACUGACCAUCCAUCGGGGUCGACUACUCAGCCCUCUGCCACUCCAGUACAACUCCAUGCAUCCGACCGUGUGACUGCUCCGGCUGCACUGCCAUCAUCACUCUUCGCUGCAUACCAGACUUCAGACGACCCACCAAGUGCCGCCAGGGAGGCUCUUCUCCAGGUAAAUCUCGUGAUGGAGCAAAUGAAGGUGGUGCAUGAGGCCAGUCAGGUUGCUUAUAAUGCCAGCACCGCUCUGCAAGCCAAUGUCAAGGUCGGUUGAUUUCUGACUAUUUCUUCACUGUCCAUAUGGUGUUCUUGGAUGAGCGUUUUGGAAUCUAUUAUGUGCAUCUAUCAUGGGUCUAUGUUUCACAUCCAAUCACCCACUGGGGUUUUUUCUGUCUUGGAGCUGAAUAGUUCUUCCACUUGAAUCGACUAGGUUGAGUCGAGUGUAAAACCGAACUAGUGGGGGCACGCAGAGUGCACCCACUGGGUGUAGUCCCCGAGACCGCGGUUGAUUGCUGGUAGUCGGUUGGGGUCUGAGAUUUUUUUUUACUCAUGCUGGGCAAACCAUGCCGAGUGUAAAACCGAACUAGUGGGGGCACGUUAAGUGCACCCACUGGGUGUAGUCCCCAAGACUACUGUUGAAUGUUUGAUUCGGCGGUAGUCUUAGAACAACUUUCACUGUGAUUGACUUUUGUUUCCGUCGACUGACAUAUCUUAUUUGCUGAAUGCACAAGUCUUGUGAUCUUGGAUCCCAACUUUCUGAAUUGGAUAAGAAGCAGAUCAGUCUCAACCUUGAUCUAGAACUGGCCAAGAAGAACCUCAAGAAUGCUCAGGACGAAGCAGCUAUCAUGGGAGAGAAAAUGAAGCAAGCUCUGGAGAAGAAGGAUCGGGAUCUUGCCGCGGCCCAGAAGGAGGCGCGAGAGAAAACAACACUUGCAGACAAGAAGCUGGCCUCAGUCAGCAAGUUGGAAGAGGAGAACUCCAAGUUGAAGACCGCCGUUUCUCAAGCUAACCGGGAGGUCAAGCAACUGAAGAAAGACAAGGAAAGCUUGACCGACGAAGUUGGUAGCCUCAAGGCCAAGAAGGGCGAAUUAGAGUCUUAUCUGGGGCAGCUUGCUGCGAAGUUGGUCUUGAAGCUUGAAGAACUUUGUCAAGAUUUUGAAGCAGAAACUGGGCGGGUCGAAACGGGUCUCGACCCCAUAAACUCUCCUGUCCAAGAUGACGUUGCAAUGAAUGUGUUAUGGUUGGAGUCACGUAUGGACAGUGCUGUGGGUUAUCUUGCUCGACUGAAGGCGGCUAUGACGCGGAUUGAUGCUGAAAUCUGGCCUCAGGCGGAACUCUAACAGGAUCUCGAGUCUCUGAUGACUCGACUCAAUCAAAUACCCAAUCGAGUGCAAGAAUGGAAGAAAUCAUCUGCUUGCUGUGGCGCUGACGUUGCCCUGUCAUUGGUCCGAGUGCACUGCAAGGAUGUCAGAGAAGACAAGCCGGUAGCCCUCAAGGUUGCGAACACCAAAAAGCACAAUUUCCAGUCCUUCAUGGACACUUUCCUUGACGCCACCACUCGCAUCGCAGACAGCAUCGACCUUGUCAGUUUCUAUGAUCCAGCAAGUCCUUCUCUCGACGAGUGAACAAAACAUUAUGCCCCACUUUUAUUUGCCUCGGAAUGCCAAGUGAUUAUGUAACCGUUAAAAUCUUUCAGGCUUGAUGCCUGAGCACUUCUACCCAUUGCGGUCCUGAACUUUUGCGGGAUUUAUCUGAACUUGAGUUUCCUUGAAUAUCAUGGCUUU